AUGAUCAACAAUUUAUUUCAAUUUCAUGGACCGGCUGUAAAGAAACUUCUCGGAUGGAAACAGGGAGAUGAAGAGGAGAAAUGGGCUGAAAAGGUGCGUUUUGCAUAG